AUGGAACCUCCCGAGCAUCGUCAUUGGGUAUAUAAUAGAGUGGAUGAAAGAGGUAAGCAUACUGAUGAGUUCCUUUAUGGGGUGGAGGAAUUUAUUAGGUUUGCUGGCAAAGGGGAUGAAGGAAGAAAAAUAAGAUGUCCAUGUGUAUCAUGUAGAAAUUUGAAGCAACACAUACCAUAUGAUGUUAGAAAGCAUUUAUAUAGGAAAGGAUUUACAAAAGAUUACUAUUAUUGGCAUUGCCAUGGAGAAGAACGUCCCCAAGUAGCUCCAAUUAAUGUCAACAUUCGCAUGACCUCCAAUCCGUAUGAGCAAAUGGUUAUGGAUGCAGCUGGGCCAUCAUUUAAUGAACAUUCUGUUUUUGAGGAGGAUCCUAAUCCCAAUUCUGCAAAGUUUUAUGACAUACUUCAUGCUUCACAGUCUUCAUUGUGGGAUGGAUGUGAGAAUCAUACUGUAUUGUCAGUAGCUGUCAGGUUAUUGAGUAUUAAGUCUGAUUAUAAUGUCCCAAGUGCAUGUGUUGAUGAAAUCAUCACACUAAUAAAUGAGAUAUUGCCUGCUAAUCAUCGCAUGCCUACAAACUUGUAUCAAACCAAGAAAUUGAUUGGACAACUUGGUUGUGGUUAUCAAAAGAUUGAUUGUUGUGUAAAAGGAUGUAUGUUGUACUAUGGUGAUGCAAUUAAGGAUAAAUCAUGUCGAUUUUGUAAGGAACCAAGGUUUAAGGAAGAAAGAGUGAGAAAAGGGAGGAUAAAUAAGGAGAUCCCAGCUAAACAAAUGUGGUAUUUACCACUUGUUCCAAGACUACAAAGGUUAUUUUCAUCUAAUGCCACUGCUAAGUAUAUGAGUUGGCACAUUGACAAAUAUCAUGAAGAAGGUGUGUUGUCCCACCCAUCAGAUGGGAGUUCAUGGAAGCAUUUUGAUCAAGCUUAUCCAGAAUUUGCAUCAGAGCCAAGAAACGUUAGGUUGGGGCUUUGUGCUGAUGGUUUCAAUCCAUUUGGCUUGGGUUCACGACCAUACUCAUGUUGGCCAGUGAUUGUUACUCCUUAUAAUCUUCCCCCUGGUAUGUAUAAGCGACGUGAGUACAUGUUCCUAACAAUCAUAAUACUUGGGCCAAGUAAUCCAAAGAGUAGAAUUGAUGUUUUCUUACAACCUCUUAUUGAUGAGUUGAAGAUACUUUGGCAAGAUGGUGUUCUAACUUAUGAUAUUUCUUCAAAACAAAAUUUCACUUUAAGAGCUGCCCUUCUAUGGACUAUAAAUGACUUUCCGGCUUAUGGCAUGUUAAGUAGCUGGCAGACAUCAGGGCUAUUAGGAUGUCCAAUUUGCAUGGGUUCUUCAAAAGCUUUUCAUUUAAAACAUGGCAGAAAAACUAGUUAUUUUGAUUGUCAUAGGCAAUUCUUGCCUGAGGAUCAUGCUUAUAGGAGGAACAAACAGAAUUUUCAAAAAAUGUUAUAG